AUGACAGCUUUUACUCGGCAAACUCUGCAGUUCCCACCAGAUUCCGGUCAGACCGACCAGCUCGUCUCGUCCGGGCUCCCCCGCAAGCGAAAGCGCGUCAAGACGGCCAUCUCCUUCGAAGAUGAGUCGAGAACCAUUGCUCCUGUCUAUGACCGUGCUAUGGUAUCUCCCCCUGAGCUUCCCAGCGACGAAAGCCGUGUCGGGUUCAGUUAUGAAACAAUAAAGGAGAAUCAGGUGAUGAACACUGGCUUGGUUAACAUAUUAAAUGGGUUGGAUGUGUUUGGUCCUGAUACUGUUCACGAUGUUUUGUUGCCGACCCGUUCCGACUCAAUCCUCAACUCCACUAGUCCCAGUAGGACCCAAGCGGACAGGUCUAAUCAAUCCGCUCAAAUCAAUCUGCCUAGCCAGGAUCGACUGGAGCGUCUUGCAGUGACUUUCUUUCUUCACGUUCAUGUCUAUCGCGCCAAUGCUUUUCUCCACCGAGACCGAACGCUCACUGCCAUCCGCGAUGGGACCUUAUCCGGGGCGAUUGUCCUCGCUCUGUGUGCUGUCGGGGGGAGAUUCGCCUUUCCCCCGGAGUCCGAAGAGACAGUAAUGGCCUGGGCAACAGAUGCAGGUAUUCAGAUUAUAGCAUCGACGGACGCGGGUCAGUUUGCACGAUCCCAUCUCUGGUCCGGGAUUGCCAUGAACCAGGCAAUUACCCUCGGCCUGCAUCGCGAAGCCCCACUAAGAAACCACACCUUCGUCGAGAGCGAACGCGAUCGACGGAUAUUCUACGCAUGUUACGCGAUGAGCCGGCUCAUAUCCAACGGCGCACCGGAGUCGAUUCAGUGCCCUUCGUCUCGCAUCAGGCUCAAGCUACCGUGCGACGGCUUCAACUACCGGAUGGAUGUUUCUGUGGAAACACCAUACGCCCAGUUGGAGGAGGCCGAGGGGCCAUCAGGGUCGGCUGACACCCACCAAUACGUGGGCGCCAUGGGGUUCUGGGUGCGCUUAGUCGGGGUCCGAACGAUGGCUCGGCAAUACUUUCACACCCUCUGUGAAAGCCGACAGCAGGAGCAGCAGCAGCAUGAAAGCGUGAUACGAGCAGUGCCCGGGGGUAAUCCAAGAUGCCCCAUGUUACUACCGUCGCUAGCACCGUGGAGUCCCAGCUCCCCGUAUGUAGCAUGCAUGGCCAAGCUAGCCCUCAUCCGAGAGUCGCUACCUACAAGGUUCCAGCUCUCCCGCGAACGCGUCGCGCAACUCGCCGAAUCUCCCGUCCUCGGCCAAAUCGUGCUGUUCUACCUGUGGUGGAACAUUUGCCACAUCGAACUAUGCAGCAUGGCGUUGACGGGGUACGCGCAAUCGUUGGACGAGGCUACUCUCGCUGCCGCUCCGGAUGGCUGGGUCCAACAGACGCGCCAGAACUGCUUGCGGCAUGCGCAGGCUAUAACUGAUGUGCUGGAACUCCUUGAUCGGGAGUUAUAUGCGCAUCCGCUGACGAUCUACGACCAUACCAUCGCGCAUGUAGUCUACCUGUCCCUUCGAGUGCAAUUGGAAGUCGGACUCGUGGAUGAUGAGAUCCCGUCUCGAUUGAUGAACCGAUUUGAGAUGAUGCUCGCGUUUGUGAAACGAACGAGUACCUAUUUCCGGUCGGUUCAGCUCGUGCUCAAGGAGAUGCGUCGCAUGCUGGCCGACCAUGGAGUAGUCCCUUGCAACCCGCAUCAGGAGAGCCAGUCGUGA